CUGGAGCCCUCUGCCUUUUAUCCCUCCUCUCUUUGCUUACUUCCAUCCCUGCUCCCAAGACCCUCCCCCCCCCCAGAGCCAGACCCAUCACGUGAAGCAGGUGAGACCAAACUCCAAAGCCCCUCCCUGUUCUUCCCUGCCCUUUCCUUCCCAGUUCUCCUCUCCCCGGAUGCCUCCCCUGCUCUCGUGCGCUCUCCCAACACCUCUGCCCUUUCGCCCAAUGCUCACUCUCCACCCUGCCGGCGGGGGCCCGCCCGCCUGCCACUUCAGCAUCUCGGUCCGGGGUGCGGCCGCCCACAAUGGCGGCCGGACCCGUCGCCCUGCCAGGAGCCGAGAGGCCGCACCGCCGGGCUCCUGCUCGCCCGGCAUUCGCCGCGGCCGCCGGCGCCCCGGCUUCUGCCUGGGUCGGGCCGCCCGCGCCGCCGCGGCUGUCAUGCUGCCUCCGUCGCCCAUCGUCGUCCCGGUGGUGGCUCUUCCUGCCACCACCACCGCUGCCAGGACCACCUCGGCCGCCUCUCCCGCAGCGGCUGCCUCGCCGGGCCCUCCUGGCAUCCCUGUCUUCUCUCCGGCUGCUCCAGGGGCUUCCCCCAACUUCGGCCCAUUGAGAUUCUUCUGAAACCUGGGGCAUUUUUCAGGUUUGUAGAAAGAUCUGUUCAUGGCUUUCAUCUCUGAAUUUAAGUAUCCAUAGAUUUGGUCAUGUUGAGAAUUAGAGAUUGAUUGCCCUGCCCUGCCCUGGCCUGGCCUGGCCUGCCCUGGAGAGUCCAAUCUAGUUAGAUCUCUGAAACCAAGUAGGGUCAGCUCUGGUUAGUACUUAAAUAGGAGACUGCCAAGGAAGUCUAGGGGUACUACACAGAGGGAGGCAAUGACAAACUUAC